ACUUGACUUAAACAAGAUUCUAAAACAUGGGAAACUGCUUAAUUCGACAAAACAAGAUGAUCAUCAAGGUAAUCAAAACAAAUGGUGAAGUUCUUGAAUACAAACCACCCAUCAAAGUCCAUCAAGUCUUAGCACAACAUGCAGAUCAUGCAAUCUCCGACGUAUUUCCCGUUGUCAGACAUCUCGGCCACCAAGAUGAAAUGGUCGCCGGUCAUAUAUAUUAUCUUCUUCCACUUCCUCAUGUAGCUUUGCCAGAAUCCAUCAAGAACCCGAGAACCACAGUGAGGAUUAAGCUGGUGAUAACUAAGCAGGAGCUGGAGAUGAUGUUGAAAAAGGGAGGUGUUUCUGUUGCUGUGGGUGAUUUGGUUUCGCAGAUCGGAAAAAAUGGAAGCUUGAUGGAGAUCGCUGAUGGAAGAUGGAAGCCAGGUUUAGAAAGCAUACCUGAAUCUUGUUAGGUUUUGAUAGUGAUAAAAUUUGGUAAACUUUCAAAGAACCGGGAAGCAUUUAAGUGCAUGAUUUAAAACGUGAAUAAUUGAAUGGAACAAUUUUUUUUUUUGUCAUAUACAACAACUUAUGUUUUAAAAGGUUGUACAAUAUGUAAAAAAAAAAGUUAUUUUUGUGUAUGUCAAAAAAACUAUUGCCUACAAAUUAUUCCCGAAUUAAUUGGGUGCCUAUUGUUGAAAAUUUAACGGGAAUGUUAGAAUACGUGGGCAUAACUGUAAUUACAAUAGAGAGGUAAAGGUGUUUGCUUUUGUUUGUUGUUAAGUUUAUGGUGAAAAAAAGAUUGUAAAGUUUUAACAGGAAGCAUUGAGGUGCAUGUUGUAAAACGUGGAUUCAUGGAGCGGUGGAUAUAAGAUUUUAUAGUAGGGUUGUCACGAGAAAUUUUAGUAGUGCCAUGAUAGUAGAAAUAAAAUCAAAAUUUUUGAAAUUUUUUA